UCAUCCUCUUUCUCUCCUCUCUCCUUUUGCAUGAAUCGAUCUUUUAUAUAUGUUUCUUUCUUUCGCUCAUCUCAUCAUUUGAUUUGUUCUAACUUUGGUUCGUUUGAUUCGGGCCUUUACCUUUGUUCCAAUUGUGAGAAGUAGCUAGGGUUUUGUGUGUGUCACUGUGUGUGAUGGCUAUCAAAAGCUGAAUGAAUAUAUUAUGGUUCUCGUAGUAUUUUAAUAAAUGUGUGCCUUUCUACAUGUGUCUUUCUUGGCGAUCGAGUCCAUAAUCUAUGGCAGGUACUUCUUUUUUUUUUUUUUCCUCAAAUCAAUCUCUCUGUGUUUUAUUUCAAGUGAAGAAUUGGAAGAAGAAAAUGUCAGAUUUCCUAGCUCAUGAUAUGUUCAUCGACGUCCUCACCAGACUACCCGUCAAAACCCUCGUACGAUGCGCUUGUGUCUGCAAAUCAUGGUACUCUUUUCUCACAAAUCCUAAUUUCAUCACCACACACCUCAAUCGAUCAUCCAUUGCGAACACCGACAACAACAACAACUUUCUACUCGUUCGAAGCCGCUCCGGUGAUGAAGCUGAUGUAGUGCAUUACUCACUGCUACGUUCUGAAAAUGGAAUGUUGUGUGAUGAUGCAGAGCUUGAGCUUCCACUGAAGGACCCCAGCGACCGUUUUUUGAGGAUAAUCGGCAGCUGCAAUGGCCUCGUAUGCCUUGUUGAAGAUUUCCACGGUUACGGGAGGAGCUUUUAUCUAUGGAAUCCAUCGAUUCGGAAGACGAUAACCCUUCCUCCAUUGCGUGUGAGCUUUCAAUCACACAGCCCUUUUAUGCAUAGCGUUGGGUUCGGCUUUGAUGCCCGGACUGAUGACUACAAGGUUGUCAGGAUUGUGCAUCUCUGGCCACCCGAUGAUUUCGAGCUUCCUCCGGAGAUUGACAUUUUCAGUCUGAGCACAGGCACAUGGCGGAACAUCAGCCAUUUGGGCCUUCAAUAUGUCAUCUACGAGCGGGCUCCACAGGCUUAUCUGAACGGGUCUGCACAUUGGCUUGCUUACAAUCGGAGAAUGGAAGGUUUCUUCAGCUUGAUCGUUUCAUUCCACAUGGGUGAUGAGAUAUUUGGCGAGAACAUGGUGCCUGCAGGUUGCACUUUCUACUCAGGGUCAAAUGCUCGUGUUGCUAAGUUUCAAGAAUCACUCUCUCUGAUUGAUGGUAUUUGGGGUAAAACUUGUUCCAUAUGGGUCAUGAAAGAGUAUGGCAUAGCAGAUUCUUGGACAAAGCAAUUCAAUAUUGAUACUAGUGUAGGUUUCGAAAGUGUAGUUGGCUUCACAAGGAAAGGCGAAGUUCUGUUGGGGUUAAAUUCUGGCUAUCUGGUAGCUUAUGAUCCUGAUACAGAACGAGUACUGCAUCUUAAUAUUCGGGGAACUACAGAUCGAUGGUGUAUGGACUCAUUUUAUGGAGAUGCUUAUACUAAGAGCCUAGUUUUAUUAGGAGCAAAACUUCCUAAUACAGGCGCCUGUGAGGAAGCUAAGAAAUCCAAGAAAAGAAGAGCAAAACAUUUGUAUCCCAAAACAUUUGUAAUCUCUUGCAUCCCAAAACAUUUGUAAUCUCUUGCUUAUACUUAUCAAAGAAAAGAGGAGCAAAAACAAAGAAGAAAGGAAAGAAGAGGGCUGUGAUCAGAGUGGGAAAUCAAAAUGUGGAAGCCAGAGAAGGUGGAGAUCUGUUGAAAGAGUAAAAGUGGCCUAGUGAACUCUUUCCCUGUUUUUGGGCUGUGAUGAGGGUGGAAAAUCAAAAUGAGGAAGCCAGAGAAGGUAGAGAAAUGUUGAAAGAGUAGAAAUAGUAGCACAGUGAACUCUUUCCCUGUUUUUUUUGUUACUUUUACUUUGACUAUGGUACAUUAAUUGUAUGUUAAUGUAGUUAAAAACUUUCUUUGGGCAAUUUUUAAACUCACUCGUGAUGCUUUUGAAAUCUUGGAGCAUUUGGGCUUGAUGCGGCUUUAGAUAUUAUGCUGAAGGUGUUUUUGAUCAUUUUUGGGCAUGGAAAUCGGAGAGGGCAGCAAGAUAGGGAAGUCAACAAGAUAUUGUUCACGAGAAAAUUUGGAAUUGCAUUGGUGAAAAAAAGGGAAUUCACUGUAUGUGUUCGGUAGUGAGAUUGGAAUAUUAUAACAUUACAAUUCCAAUACAAUUUUAAUCCAAUUCUAAUUCUGCACAACCAAACACGGCCUGAAUGAUAUUCUAAGAGUAGUGCUAUUCACUUCUCAUUAUUUUGUUCUUCCUCUUGACUUGAUGGCAUGAGACUAUAACACAAUGUAUGGCUUUCAUGCCACUUAUUAAGGUGUUUAAGUUUCAUCUA